AUGACGGCUGAAAUCGACAGAACUGAUCGGUCCUCUCGCCGCCAUGGCUUCCUCGGAGUCGAGGCAAGCUUUCCCACCCCAGAGUCAGGCGUCGCAGCCGGGCAAGCAGCAUCUUAUGGAGCCCGCGGGAAGCCGGGGUUCCUGGGCUACUGCGCCACCAAGGGCGCGGUGGUGGCGUUCACGAGGGCGCUCGCGCUGCAGCUCGCGGGCAGCGGCGUCCGCGUCGAUGGGGUCGCGCCGGGGCCCGUCUGGACGCCGCUGAUACCGGCGGCGAAUGCGCCGGACGUCGUGGCCGCGUUCGGGACGAAGGUGCCCAUGGGGCGCGCCGCGCAGCUCGAGAUCGCGCCCUGCUACGUCUUCCUCGCGUCCGACGAUGCCUCGUACAUCACCGGCCAGGUCAUGCACCCCAAUGGCGGUGAGGUUGUGAAUGGGUAA